AGCUGCGCACAAAGUAUGCGCAAACUACAAGAAAGAAGAUCUUAUUUGUUUUAAUCAUAGCAAGCUUCUUACAUAUUAGAUAGAAAAAGUGAAAAGCUAUUUCAGUUAAUUUAAUCUUUUGUAUAAUUGAAUGAAUGAAAACAGUUGCUUGGAGACUCACUAGAGGUUCUUAGUCUUUAUGAAUGGAUGACAUUUCGUGAUGGCAUCAGAAGAUGAAGUGAACUUGCUGGUCAUCGUGGUGGACGUGAAUCCGAUAUGGUGGGGCCAGCAAGCUCAGCGUGAACCAGAGUUUACUCUGUCCAAGUGCCUGGAUGCAGUCAUGGUGAUGGGAAACUCCCACCUGGCUUUGACCAGAACAAACAAGCUGGCUGUGAUUGCCAGUCACUGCCAAGACAGUCACUUCCUCUAUCCCAGUAAAAGUUUGGGAGGAGGAGACGGUGCUGCAGAUGACGUAUCCUCCACCAGAGACGGGAAGUACGAGCUCCUGGCCGUAGCCAACAGCACUAUCGCUGAAGAGAUCAGGAAUGUCCUGUCAAAAGCGGAAGUGAGGGGCAAUUCCACAGAUACUCUGCUGGCCGGAUCUCUUGCCAAAGCUCUCUGCUACAUUCACAGAGUCUCAAAAGAACUUGAAGUUGGACAGGAGAUUAAAUCAAGAAUACUGGUGAUUAAAGCAGCCGAGGACUGCGCCCUUCAGUACAUGAACUUCAUGAAUGUGAUUUUCGCCGCACAAAAGCAGAACAUCCUGAUAGAUGCCUGUGUCUUGGACUCAGACUCGGGGCUCCUUCAGCAGGCUUGUGAUAUAACUGGAGGCCUGUACUUGAAGAUACCACAAAAAUUAGCCCUGGCUCAAUAUCUUUUGUGGGUGUUCCUCCCAGACUCAGAGCAGCGUUCCCAGCUGGUAUUACCGCCCCCUGCACACGUGGAUUACAGAGCGGCGUGCUUCUGCCACCGCAAUCUCAUCGAAAUUGGCUAUGUGUGCUCUGUUUGUCUCUCAAUAUUUUGCAACUUCAGCCCCAUCUGCACAACAUGCGAGACUGCCUUUAAAAUCCAACUGCCACAAAUGGUCAAACCCAAAAAGAAGAAACUCAAGAUGCCUGCAUGAUCAGCCUGCUUGUCAUUCUUUUGUUGUCAAAUAGAAAAAAAAAAAAGAAACUUUGUUGGUUUAGAUAUUUACAAUUUAAAACAGGCUGGAAAACACAAACAUGUCAAGACUGGCUUUUUGUCUAUCUGGCAUUCAGAUCAAGGUCGCUGUCGACUUGCACAAAGUUAAAUAUUUUUUUGCCUAAAUCCUUAGCAGUUACUUGUUUUUAAAAUUGGGGAAAAACUGUACUUAACUCUUUGUUUUACUCAAUAAAACCUAUAAUUUUA